CGCUAUGUUUUUCUUUGCUCGCCGAUACAGUUUCCGCUCUUUUCUUUCCAUCCAAACAGAAAGCUCGUUGAUUCGUUCCAGAAUUCUACAAUGUCUGAUAACCAGUUCGUCGAUCAACUAGUCGUGCCUGGAGAUGUGGUUCUUGACCUUUCGAGCAUGGCUAACCAGACUAUCAAGCUUGGGGGUGGUCUUCGCCAGGAGUCUGAUGCGAUAUCCGUGACGAAAGCUGGGAAGUUGAGGUUGUCUAAGCCUAAUAAGUACUGGGUCGAGAGCUCCCAGAAAAGGUAUGUACCUUCUGUGGAGGAUUCUGUUCUUGGAAUUGUGGUUGACUCCAGAUCUGAUAAUUUUAUUGUGGACAUUAAAGGACCUGCAGUGGCAUUUUUGCCUGUGCUUGCAUUUGAAGGAGGAACCAGGAGAAACAUACCAAAGUUUGAGGUAGGUGCUUUGCUUUAUGUCCGGGUCGUGAAAGCAAAUCCUGGCAUGAAUCCAGAAUUGUCAUGCACCGAUGCCAGCGGAAAAGCAGCAGAGUUUGGACCCCUGAAAGAUGGUUACAUGUUUGAAUGUUCGACGGGCCUCUCAAGAAUGCUACUCCGGUCCCCACCAUGUCCAAUUCUUGAGGCCUUUGGAAAGAAGAUUUCCUUUGAAGUGGCAGUUGGCUUAAAUGGCCGUGUUUGGGUAAAUGCUGCAUCCCCAUCUACGGUUAUUAUUGUUGCUAACGCAAUUAUGAGGUCAGAGUCUCUCAGUGUGGCACAGCAAAAAAUUAUGGUGGAGAAACUUCUUCAGAAUUUGAACAUAUCAACGUGACGAGUCGAGAAUUGCAUGCCAUAUGGCAAUCAGAUUUAGUCACUAAAUUUGGAUGGAAGAUUUUCAUUGUUUGGUCAGCGAGAUGCUGAAAAUUCGGCUGCUACAAAUUCAUGCUAUAACAUGAUCUGAAGCAUGGUUUCCUCUGUUCAACCUUCAGAAUUUUGUGAAAUAGGUUAUUAGAUUCUUUAAGUUGUGAAAAUGCGUACGUAUAGUACUACAUUUUGCUUUGGUUAUUAAUUCUUAUUUUCUUUAGAAACUUGAGUCAAUAUGGAACUUUUAACAUCGGGGGCAUAUGACAUGGUAUGAGACUAUGAGUUGAUGGGAUUCA